AUGUUUCCAUUCUCUCUUAUGGGAGUAGCCGAGCAUUGGUUGAAUAAUGACGUGCCUCCCGGUUCUCUCACAACAUGGAAUGAGGUUACUACGACAUUUUUGGCAAGGUUCUAUAAUCAUAAGAAGACUGCCGAGGCUCGUUCUAAAAUUCAAAGCUUUCGCCAAAGGGGAGGUGAGUCUCUAUGUGAGGCUUGGGAAAGGUACAAGGAACUCCAAAGACAAUGCCCUCAUCAUGGCAUUCCCAACUACCAAAUUUUUCAAACUUUCUAUGGAGGCCUUUCACCCCAAAGCAAGACAAGUUUAGAUGCCGGGGCCGGUGGCCCUAUUAUGAACAAGAGAGAGAACGAAGUUGAAAGCAUAAUAGAAGAUGUGGUCCGGAAUUAUGAGGAUUGGUAUGAAGGUGAGAGGGAAGCCACUUCAAGCAAAGGAACGGUGCAAUCCAUCGAGCAAACCAAUGCCAUCACAAAUCUUUCCAACCAAAUGGCAAAGAUGGCAAAACAAAUGGAGGAGCUCAUGAAAUCAAGCACUCAAAAUACUUCCUCUCCUUCUACCAAGAGAGGCCAUGGUAUGAAUCCUUCUACUUCUUCUCCCUCUAAUUACAAUGCUAUGCCUCCCGGUUGUAUGUUUUGUGAUAUAUGUGGAAACUAUGACCAUAAUUCCGAACAAUGCAUGUACAUUAAUGAAUAUCAAAGCCCUUCCAAAGAAAAUGAUGAUGAUAAUGUUGAAGAUGUUAAUGCUAUGAAUUUUGUCCCUCGUGAGGGAAAUGUUGGAAUGCGGCCAAAUUGGGAUCAAAACCAAAACCGCGGUUGGAAUCAAAAUCAAGGUUGGAAUCAAAAUCAAUGGAAUCAAAGUGGUGGUAGUUAUGAUAACCAAGGCCAAGCUUUCAUCAAGAAUCAAGAGAGCUACAACAAGAGUCAAGAGGAGGAAAAGAAACAAAUUAAGGCACACAUGAAAUUGCUUGAGACCCAAAUCUCCCAAAUUACCCAACCAAGUUCUUCAUCCUCCCCUUCUUCCUCUUCUUCUUUACCUAGACAAGGUGUCAACCCCAAAUCUAUGUAUGCCAUUACCACUAGAAGUGGGAAGAUCCUUGAGAGUGAUUUAAAUGUUGAGAAGAGUUCCGAUAAAGGGAUAGGACUUGAGGUUGAGGAUGAUUCAUCAAGAGAGGGUGAGGUUCUAGAAGGAAGUGCCGAAAAGCAUGAGAGGGGCGAGAGAGAAAAAGAGAAGGAACCCGAAAAGGAGAGCACCAAAGAGCAAAAACCUUUACCCCUUAAUCUCCAACCUAGGAAUGAGAGGUUGCCUUUUCCCGAAAAAAUUUUCUAG